AUGGCUGAUGUCUUGCAAUCGGAUUUUGAGGAUUUAGCUCUGCGGAAGCUUCAAAUUCCAGAGGAUGUCGAAUAUCAUCUAGACAAGCACAAUCUCAUUGGAGUUGGCGUUUUCACGCAUGUUUACCAUGUCGAUAGAGGAAGAGUUCGCAAAGUCCCGGCUCCAUAUUCCGACGACCUAGACCUCGCUAUAAAAUCACUUCGAAGAGAAGGCGAAAUUUAUGUCUACCUUGGCGAUCAUCCCAGAGUUGUUAAGUGCCUCGCGAAAGGGGAUCUCUUUGUAGAUCUUGACUUUAGCGACGGCCAUGAUGUCCUCGGGUUCGAGAACUCAUCACAUCAACUACCUCGCGAUCUUGACGGCGAUAUGCCAAGCACAGUUCAAUCUGAUUUGUUCGCACUUGGUUCGACACUCUACGAGAUAAUGGCCGGGAGACGACCAUAUGAAGGCAUACCGGACGGCACGAUUACUGAGCGCUACACCAAAAGAAUAUUUCCUGAUGUGACGAGUAUAUUGUGCGGGGAUGUCAUUAUAAGCUGCUGGCAAGGUUGCUUUAGGAAUGCAGAAGAAGUUCUGGAACUAUUUUCGCUUGAUAUACGGUAG